AUGUAUUGUUGGUCCAGAAUGUCUCACUCUCAGGCUGAAAGUGUCAUAAAGAAUAUAAUUCGUGAAAUAGGACAAGAAUGUGCCAUGAAAGGGCAAACUGUGUCUGAAACCUUGGUGGCUUUCAUGGUGAAAGCUGUCGUUUUGGAUCCAAGGAAUGAGUUUAAUGUGGAUCGAACCCUCACAAAAAAUGAUGUGCAAAAACUUAUUAAGCUCUGUGUUAGUAGACUUCUUGACACAGCAAAUCCAUCCCUGGACACUAUUAAGAUGCAAGUUUACUUUGAUAUGAAUUAUACAAACCGAGUUGAGUUACUUAAUGAGCAGCAUCGCAUUCUAGAGGCCAGGCUGGCCCCCGUGAGCAGAGAAAUCACAGAUAAUCGUGCUCGUACACGAGAAGAGCUGGAGAGCAUUUACCGAAAGAUUGUUAGCUAUGUUCUGCUACGCUCUGGCCUCGGAUCCCCUACAGACAUCAAGGUUGUUAGGGAGGCAACAGCUGCCCUGCAGAGUGUGUUUCCCCAGACAGAGCUGGGUGUUUUUCUCUCUCUCAGUAAGAAGGACAAAGAGCGACAACUGAAAGAACUUACCAUGAUUGUCACAGGAAUUCGGUUAUUCAACAAGGACUGUGGGAAAGGAGGAGAAGGCAUUGAUGACUUACCAGCUAUUCUGAAUGAAGCCAUUCCAGCAGCCACGCAGCCUAUUGAUGCAGAGCUUCGUGCCUCCCAAGAUCUGGCAUACCGCUACACAGCUGUCUUGGAAAUGAUGUGUGAGAGCCCACACAGAAAUAUAGAAGCUAGAUUAUCUAUGUUAAAGGAAGCACUGUUCAAUGUGAGACAACAUGAAGCCUUCCUCUGCAUCAUUCUGUCUGAUGUGAUCACGUGUGCACAAGAAGUUGAAAUGAUGGACAAGCAGUUUGCAGCACAAAUAGAGCAAUUAAAAAACACUGUUCAAGCAAAGACUGCUGUACCUACAUCACACGUUUUUCCUAUCUUUCUAGCACUAUCUAACCUCUGGACGAGCUUUCAGGAUGAGAUAUUGCUGCUGAGUUUCCUGACUAAUUUGACAGUCAGUCUACAGCAGUUCUUGGGAAUCCAUGCACAACUCUUUCCUGAUGAUGUGAUGGAGUCACUUCUCGAAGGAGUGACUGUGAAAAGUGAUGAGCAAAGGAUAAAGGAAACCAUAGGAAUAAAAGUAAAUAUUUCUGAUUUCAAGGAACAAGAGUGGCUUUUUCCAGAAACCACGGCUAAUUUUGAUCAGUUGUUAAUCCAGUACCGUGGGUUUUGUGCUCACACACUUGCUGAAAAAGAUGGCCUCCUCCUCCCAGGAAAUCCUGCUAUUGGAAUUUUGAAACAUAAGGAGAAAUAUUACACUUUCAGUUCCAAGGAAUCAGCAUAUGUUUUUUCCAAAACCCCAGAUAUGUUCAUUCAGUUGAUUGGAGAAAAAGCAAAAGAAUGUGCUGAACUUAUUCAGCUGCUUGAGCUUCAUCAUCAGUUUGAAUCCCUUGCUCCUUAUUCACAGGUCAGAAGUGGAGACAAACGUUCAAUGAAACCAAUUACCAAAUGCAACAGCAGUACUCAGACUGACACCCAUAUAUUGCCUCCAACUAUUGUGAAGUCCUAUGAGUGGAAUGAAUGGGAACUGAGGAGAAAAGCCAUAAAAUUGGCUAAUUUGCGUAGGAAAUUAACUCACUCAGUGCAGACUAAUCUCAGUCAUUUGAGAAGAGAUAACUCCACCCAAGUGUAUCUGCUAAAGGAUUUUGGCACACAGACUAAACUUGACAACUCUAGCAACGUACCCAGGCCACAGAUUUUCCUGGCAGGUCUCCGAGGAGGAUCAACCCCAGCUACUUGUAUGGUCAAAGUGAACUUAACCAGAGCAGUUGAUGAAACCUAA